GAGACCGUGAUCUUUCCUACAGAAAGGCCCUUUGGGGAGCUAUCAGGAAGGGAAGCUCGAGACAUCAGCGAAGAUGGGACAAGGCCCCGGCAGCACCAUAGGGCAGGAAGGGCAUCACCUUAAUGACACGGCCACAAGCACCAACUUCGCGGCCAUCUACAGUCUCUACAACGGAGACCUCAGCCCUUACCCAAACUUCUCUCUGCCCUUCAACUUCAGCUACAGUGACUACGACCUCCCCUUGGAUGAUGAGGACGACGUGACAAAAACCCGUACGUUCUUUGCAGCCAAGAUUGUCAUUGGCGUGGCACUGGUUGGGAUCAUGUUGGUCUGUGGCAUUGGCAACUUUGUCUUCAUUGCCGCUCUAGCCCGCUAUAAGAAACUGCGCAACCUCACCAACCUGCUCAUUGCCAACCUGGCCAUCUCUGACUUCCUUGUGGCCAUUGUCUGCUGCCCCUUUGAGAUGGACUACUACGUGGUGCAACAGCUGUCUUGGGAACACGGUCAUGUGCUCUGUGCCUCUGUCAACUACCUGCGCACCGUCUCCCUCUACGUCUCUACCAAUGCACUCUUGGCAAUCGCUGUGGACAGGUACCUUGCCAUUGUUCACCCCUUGAAACCCCGGAUGAACUACCAAACGGCGUCCCUACUAAUCGCCGUGGUCUGGAUCAUUUCGCUUCUCGUCGCAAUACCAUCAGCAUAUUUUGCAACCGAGACAGUACUUUUCAUGGUCAAAAACCAAAAGAAAAUUUUCUGUGGACAAAUUUGGCCAGUUGACCAGCAAAUCUAUUACAAAUCCUACUUUCUUUUCAUAUUUGGUAUUGAAUUUAUUGGACCUGUCGUCACGAUGACUCUGUGCUAUGCCAGGAUCUCUCGGGAGCUUUGGUUUAAAACUGUGCCAGGCUUCCAGACAGAACAGAUCAGAAAGAGGCUUCGCUGCAGAAGGAAAACGGUUUUGGUGCUGAUGUGCAUCUUGACGCUUUAUGUCCUCUGUUGGGCACCUUUCUACGGCUUCACAAUUGUCCGUGACUUCUUCCCCACGGUGUUUGUGAAGGAGAAGCAUUACCUCACCGCUUUCUAUAUAGUAGAGUGCAUUGCCAUGACCAACAGCAUGAUCAACACCGUGUGCUUUGUCACAGUGAAGAAUAACACCAUGAAGUAUUUCAAGAAAAUCAUGUUGCUCAGGUGGAGGUCGACGUAUCAUGGGAACAAGUCUAGUAUAGAGAUGGACAUCCGGACAAGUGCAAUGCCUGUCACAGAGGAGGUGGAUUGCAUUAGACUCACGUGAGUUCUUGGUGGUGGACGUGUCACAACAAAGACUCCCUUUUUGUGCAUCUCUCCAUGCACACUUUUGUGUGUGUGAAAAUAUUCCAGAGAAGGUUGCUGUAGAGCACUUCCCCAACGCUCCAAUGGGUAAAUCACCGGGAAAUUAAACAGCUCUGCCCCAGUCACUCCAUGUUUGCACCCUAUUUAUUCACAGCAUGGGAUUCUGCCUGGUGUCUCAUGAAGAUCAAGUGACAGUCCCCCCCCACCCCGUUCCUUGAAUAUCCCGAGGCUAACGGCAUGCUAGCUCCGCAUGUGUCUAAGAAGGCAGAACGCAGCCAACCAUUUACGAUCAGCAAGCGGCUUCACGAAGCCGCGGGCUUCAGACUUUCCCCCACAUUAUCGGAGCAAGCUCAUGCAACGCCCCACAUCAGAAUCCACAUCCUCCCAGUUUUAUGCGCCUCUCUGGUGGAGAGAAGUUCUGGAGCCACAUGGGAUUCCCACCAAAAUUGUUUCUAAACUGUCGCCCCCACAGCCCAGCAAU